AUGCUCAAUUGGUGGUCGCUUGAUAUGACGUUCCUGCGGACUGCAUAUUCUUCCAGCCCGCAUCUUAAAGUACGAACGACUUGGGUGACUGAUACGGUAUGCCUUCCGGAUGUCAAUAUCAUUGUUACGAGUUCAACAGAAAGAGAUCUUCGUUUUUAUGACUGCACUGCGAAGACAUUUACUCUCAAGAUUGUCAUAACUAGUUGGGAAUAUAUGAUAUGCGCAAUGCACUAUCAUUUCUCGAAGGACAUUAACGAGAAAUGCAUUUUGAUAUGUGGCGAUGUUGGCGGCAACAUACGCAUAUUGCUGUUCUCGCCAAUUAAACGUGGUCCCUUUCGCAACCAACCAGGGCGGGUCUUGUUGCAGUUGCGUCAUAUUGAUUUACAAAAACGGCCACACCUCCUCCCGGAGAUGCAGCUGAUAGAGAUGAAGGGCGUGCACAGCGAGUGGGUGCGCCAGGUGUCGUUCUACGCGUCGCUGCACUGCGUCAUGUCGUGCGCGACGUGCCCGGACUCGCUGCUCAUGUGCGACCUCGCUGCUUCCAAGACACAUAACAUGUUUAAAGUAGAUAAGGGAAUUCAAUGUUUUGCGUUCGACGAGGAAGCCCACGUGCUCGUGUCAGGUGGACCGGAUUGCGUCAUUCGUGUGUGGAAUCCAUUCGUACCCAGUAAGGCAAAUGUUACCCUUUUGGGUCAUCAUGCGGGAAUUAUAGCGCUUGUACUGCAAAACAGCGGGCAGACUAUCUAUUCGCUUUCGAGAGACCGCGUCAUUAAAGUAUGGGACGUACAAGGCCAAUCUUGUAUACAAACGUAUAUUGAUAUACCACCACAAAUAGGAGAACGUACUCCAAUUUCUGCAGUUUAUAACCCAGCCACGAGAGAGUUCAUUCUGGCUGCAAUCAAGAUUGCUAUAGUAGUGCUAGACGAGCAGCUGAAUCCUCAACAUACAGACGGCUUUACGCAUUCUAGAGCAAUCGCAAAAGUGCUAUAUAACCCACUAUUUAAAGUAGUUAUCACAUGUGGCAUGGACAGUAUUAUUAUUAAUUGGGAUCCACUUACUGGCAAACGUAAUGCCAUGGUGCGUGACGCCCACACGCGCCUGCUGCACGGCGAGCUCAUCCCAGUGGAGAUCACAGCAGCGUGCUUUGACCCUGGGAAUCAGCUUCUGCUAACCGGCGCCAGAAAUGGCACACUUAAGGUUUGGAAUUUUAAUACAGGACUUUGUUUAAGAAGUAUGGCAAUAGAACACAUGUGCGAAGUUACAAAUUGUUUCUGGGUGGAAGGAAGGAUUCUAGCAGUAGGGUGGAAUCGUCACGUGACAGAGUUCGAAGAUACGGGUACCGGUGAGAGCGGCAAGAGCUGGGAGACGCGCCACUCCGACGACGUGCUGGCGGCGGCGGCGCGCGCCCCGCUCACGCUCGCCACCGCCACGUACAACUCUGAGCUCAUCUUCUGGAAGCUAGAGACUGGACAGCCAUAUAGACGCUUUUCAUGCACCGAGCCCAUGCUCCGUAUCAAGAUGCAGUACACUAAACGCGCCGCCUCGCCGCAGCCAGUGUCUCCGCCGAUAACCGGGCGCAGCACUUCCAUCGUGCGACGACCUAGCAUGGGCGGGGCUCGUGAGUCCGUCAUCGACCCGUCGGCGGCGGUGGAGAAGGCGCGCGCGCGGCGCGUGUCGGCGGUGGCGCUGCCGGCGCGCGCGCGGCGCAUGCGCCAGCUCGCCGUGCACGCCAUGAUCUUCCUCACCACCAGGCCCUGCGACAUGCAUGUCGCAUCUCUAAUGGUGGCUUUGGAGAAUGGGCAAGUGCAGUGCUGGUCGGACCACCCGGCGGGCGGGCUGCAGGGCGCCUUCCAGAGCGUACACACGGCCGGCGACUACGUGUCGGCCUUCGCCACCGACGUCGACAACGAAUAUCUUUUCACUGGAACUACUGUCGGAUAUAUCAAGAUUUGGCUUAUGACUAAUUAUUUGACCAAUAAAGAGGUGCACGUGAGCAUGCCGCGGCUGCGCCUGGCGUUCCCGUUCCUGUGGCGCGACCGCGUGGCGGGGCGCGCGCGGCGCGGCGUGCGCGCGCAGCCGCGCCCGCUGCUGCUGAGCAGCGCGCGCGCGCACCUGCGCCGCGUCACCAGCCUCGCCUACCUCGACGACCUCAAGCUCGUACUCAGUGGGUCGUCGGACUACAGCGUGCGCGUGUGGCGCCUGUCCGGGGAGUACCUGCAGACGCUGGGCAGCUUCCUGUCGUGGUCUCUAGAUGUGCCCAGAUUUCCACCGGACGUGAAGAAAGUGGCCAGUUCCACUACAUUCAAGGUGUGGCGCGGCGGGCACGUGUCGCGCUACACGCCGGGGCAGGCGGCGCCGGACGCGCUGCGCGACAUCACGGCGGCGGAGCUGCGCACGCGCACGUACGGCGCGCCCGCCGCCGAGCCGCUGCUGGGCCGCCACCCGGCGCUGCCAGCGCGCCCCGACCCGCAGCCGCCGCCGCAGCUCGACGACUCUCUACCCACCAUCCCGCUGUACGCGCACCUGCGCAUGGCGUCGACGCAGCCGGUGCGGCGCGCGCGCACGCCCGAGCUGGUGCGCGCCACGCGCCUGCGCCGCGCCUCACCCAAGCACGCGCGCACGCACUUUGAGCGCGACCACUCGCGC